AUGUACACAUCAAUAAUACUACUUGUCAUUUUUAUCUACUUAACAUAUAACUUUUACAUAAAUUAUUUCCAUGCAAGAAAGGACAGAAAAAGCUCACCACCACCUCCUCCGACCGACUGGCCGAUUUUCGGCAUGCUACCGGGGCUUCUUCUAAACUGCGGGCGGAUCCACAAGUUUAUGACCGAGCUUGUCGAGAGUAGCGGCGGCACGUUUUAUCUCAAAGGGCCUUGGUUUGCUAACAUGAGCAUGCUGAUCACUAGUGAUCCAGCUAACGUGCAUUACAUAUUGGCCAAGAACUUUUCCAACUUCGAGAAAGGCCCGCAGUUCAAGAAGAUAUUCGAGGGUCUCGGGGACGGCAUUUUCAAUGCAGAAUCAGAAUCUUGGAAAAACCAAAGAAGAACCAUAAAAUCAAUGAUACACAACACGAGUUUCCCCGAUUUUACCGCGAGAACUAGCUGGAGCAAAAUGGAAAAUGCCCUGAUCCCAAUUCUGGAGCUCGCUUCGGAAACGGGAAUUGAGGUUGAUUUACAAGAGCUAUUCCAGCGCUUCGCGUUCGAUUGUUCUUGCAUCACGGUUUUAGGACACGACCCCGUUUCCCUGUGCAAGGAGUUACCUCAUCUACCACAUGAGAAAGCCUUUGCAGAUGCCGAGGAAGCGGUCUUGUACAGGCACGUACUCCCCGAGAUUUUGUGGAAGCUGCAGAGUUGGCUUCGCAUCGGCAAAGAGAACAAGCUGACCAAAGCUAAGGACGUCAUCCAUCGGUUCUUGUCUGAAUGUAUCUCGGUGAAGCAUCAACAUUUCAACUUAACGGGCCCAAAUGACGGUCUCGACAUGUUAACGAGUUGCAUGAGAUCAUCACUUGCAGACGAGGUAAUUUGGAAAGAUACUCUAUUGAGUUUAAUAUUUGCAGGUAAAGAUACAAUAAGUGCAGCUCUUGCAUGGUUCUUCUGGCUCGUGGCGACAAACCCUGCGGAACAAGAAAAGAUCAGACAAGAGAUAGGCACGAAUUGGAAAUUUACUACGAUCGAGGAGUCGAACAAACUGGUUUAUCUUCACGGCGCACUUUGUGAAACUUUACGCCUUUUCCCACCGGUGCCGUUUGAACACAAAGCUCCGGUGGAGCACGACAUUCUCCCGAGCGGACAUAGAAUCGGCCCAAAUACAAAGACAGUUUUAUCAUUCUACUCGAUGGGGAGGAUGGAAUCCAUUUGGGGCAAAGAUUGCCUCGACUUUAAGCCGGGGAGAUGGAUUGAUGCCGAAACGGGACGUGUCAUAACUGAACCGUCUUUCAAAUUUACGGCUUUUAAUGCAGGACCGAGGAGCUGUUUGGGAAAGGAUGUGUCUUUCAUACAGUUGAAAAUUGUUGCAGCUGCUAUCGUGAGCCGGUUCAAUAUUCAGGUGGCUCGAGGUUUUUCGGUAACGCCGAGCAUUUCAGUCGUGCUUCACAUGAAACAUGGUCUCAAGGUUAAGGUUUCGGAUUAUGCUUAA